GAGGAAAGAAAGAAAAAUGUGAGGGUUACGGAAAAGAAUCAUUUCAGCAUGUGAUGAGGUUUUGCAUCAAGUAAUUGGUGAACUGGAUGUCAGUAGAUCUAAUCCUGGGCGCGGAAUAAGUAGAUAUUCUGGUUUGCAGCACCCUCAACCACAGUUCAGACUUAACAAAUAUCUUUUUGAUAGGGUUUUUGUUAAAACCAAUUGAGAAUUAUGUUUCUUGUCGUUUUAUUAAGAAAUCUUUCGCCUAAAUUGACUCCCUUUCUAAAAAGGAGAUCAUGAUCUACACUCCUGCUUUUUUAGCAUAACCAAACUGUCCGGAAAAGACCGAGGACAAAAGAAAAAGGCAAAAUCAAUGUCUCUUAAUUUGAGGGUUCAUCAGCUGAGCCAAAUUACUGCCCCCAUUCUCUCUUCUUUAACUCGCACCCAAUUUCACUUUCCUGCUUUUCCUAUUCAAUCACACUGAUAAUAGUGAGAACGUUAUCCAUAUUGUAGCUUAAGAGUAAGAGAAUCAGCUGUCCAUGACAAAAAUGGGUUGUCAAAUGUUAUGGCUUCCUCUAGCAUUGACUCUGAUGAUGGCGACAGUCUCCACAGGAGGAAGCAUUGUUGAAGAAUGUGACCCUGGUGACCUCAAAGGUCUCGCCAGUUUUAGGGGCGGAAUCCAUAUGGACACUUCAGGUCGGCUAGCGAAGUGGGUCGGUCGUCGUUGUUGCAGAUGGCAAGGUAUUUCCUGCAACAAUGAAACUGGUAGGGUCACUGAAGUUCAUCUACCUGGAUUCAUUUCCUCCGUUGAUUUCGUCUUUCAGUCUCAGAUGGAAGGCUGGUUUUCCCCAUCAAUCACACUCCUCACCUCGCUUGAAGUUCUCGACCUUGGAGGACUCGCAGGCCUUUCUGGAAGAAUUCCCACAUCCAUUGGUCGUCUUAAGAACCUUAGAAAGCUUUAUCUUUAUGGAAACAAGCUGAGAGGGCCCGUGCCAGAAAGCAUUGGUAAGCUUUUAAAACUUGAGGAACUUCACCUGCAUGAGAAUAGAUUAUCUGGGUUUCUUCCUCCUACCCUUGGUUGUCUUAAAAAUCUCAAUGCUUUGCUUCUUCAUUCAAAUAGAUUCACUGGUAGUAUUCCUGCUUCAUUCUCCAACUUGACAAAUCUCAUGCAUUUAGACCUUCAUGCCAAUUCCAUCACUGGUCAUAUACCACAAAAUAUUGGAGACUUGCAGCUCUUGAAAGAGCUUGAUCUUUCAGAUAAUCUUUUGAAUGGGGAAAUUCCAGCUUCAGUAAACAAUCUAACAUCCAUUUCAGUCAUGUAUUUAGAUGCUAAUCAUCUAGAAGGAGAGAUACCAUUUCCAUCAAAUUAUGGUCAGAUGCCUCUGCUUGGAUUUUUAAGGCUGCAAAACAACCAACUAGGCGGGAAAAUACCACCCAAUUUGGGAUAUCUGGUCUCCCUCCAAAGGGUUUCACUUGAAAACAACAAGCUUGAAGGAGCAAUUCCUUCUAGUUUAGGUAAUCUAGAAGCUUUGACAGAGUUGUAUCUCAACGGCAACAAGCUAUCUGGAGUUAUACCAAAGUCAAUUGGUCAACUCUCACAUCUCAUACUCUUGACCCUUUCUCAUAACUCAAUUCAAGGACCAUUGCCUAAUGAAAUGUCUGCUCUCCAAAAUUUGCAAACACUGGAUCUUUCAUUCAACAGUUUAACUCUAAACUCCAUUCCAAGGUGGGUAGCAAAAUUGCCAUCUCUUUCCCGAAUCUAUUUGGCAGGAUGUGGAAUCAAAGGACAAAUACCAGACAUGCUGAAAUCAACUCCAAGUCCAAUACAGGAACUGGACUUAUCAGCCAAUGAUCUCACUGGUGGGAUACCAGCAUGGAUGGGAAGCCUCACUCAACUCUACUCCUUGAAUCUUUCAAGGAACCAUCUCAGUUCAAGUAUUCCAGCUUCAGUUGCAGAUUUCCAGGAAUUGGGAGUGCUGGACCUUCACUCAAACAACAUAACAGCCUCAAUGGAACAUGUUUUCAAGAUAGGAACCAGUUUCCCAGGUGGUUCACUCACAUAUGUUGACCUAUCUGAUAACAGCUUCACAAGUGGAAUCCAACAAAUUAGUGUAGGAACGCUGGAGAGAGUUGUGUAUCUUAAUUUAUCACAUAACUUACAAAAGGGUAAAUUGCCAACAUCAAUGGAGAAAUUGAAGGCAUUGCAGAGUUUGGAUUUGAGCUAUAACAAAUUUGGUUUCGGCUUGGUAGAGGCGUUGGCAAAUCUAAGCCAUUUGGAGACACUGAAGCUGCAGAGAAACCAAUUUACUGGUAGAAUACCUGCUGAGUUUUUGAACCUAAAAAACCUCAAGGACUUGGAUUUAUCAGACAAUCUUUUAGUGGGGGAAAUCCCUGCUGGCAGACCUCUUAGUGACUUUCCCCAGAGUUGUUUCACUGGCAACACAGGUUUAUGUGGGAAACCUCUUUCUCCCUGCAAAUCUUGAAUUACUUGGAAUUCCCCACCCCCCCCCCCCCCCAAAAAAAAAAAAAAAACAAAAUUGCUGUAUUAUUUACCAACAUUUAGUAUCUUGGCAUGCUUCUCAUCUGUGAAUACUGAUGCUACAGUCAAUGGAUUUCAUUUCACAUUGUGUUUCA